ACAGGGGCCUCGGGGUCACGUGAUCAUAUGAAUCUUCGUUCGGAUCUGUUUUCGAAAGGUCGAUACGACAAGUCGAUUCGACCGGUCAAAAAUAUCUCCCAAACCACCCUCGUCGAGAUGCAAUUCUUCGUUGCCCAGGUCCUCGAUGUGGAUGAAAGACUGGAGACUUUUAAAAUCAACGCCUGGUUGACCAUGAGAUGGCACGAUGACUAUCUGGUAUGGGAACCUUCCCUGUAUAACAGCGUUAGUAAUUUCAAGAUUACGAGAGACGAGGUGUGGAUGCCGGACCUAUGGCUGUAUAACAAUGCUGGGAGUAGAUAUGAAGACUACGCAGCCCAUUCAAUAUGCAGUGUAUACCACACUGGGAAAGUAGUCUGGCAAUCGCCCACUAUCAUCAAGACACACUGUACCAUGGACGUCACAAACUUCCCUUUUGAUGUGCAGAAAUGUACUGUGACCUUUGGCCCCUGGCAACAUGGCGCUAAUGAGAUUAUGCUUAACGGAACAGGUUCUGCUGAGAAGUACCUGCGGAGUUCCAGUGAGUGGGAGAUUACGUCGUUCCACGCAGGCGCGCACAGGGAACCUUACCAAAUCUACCUGGAUGAUGAACCAAUCCUCUACAGUUACGUCGAAUACUCUGUCUUCCUCCGUCGUAUCCCAACCUACUUCGUCUUCAACCUGAUUAUGCCCUGUACCCUCAUCUCUGCCACCACCUUCCUGAGUUUCUUCCUGCCUCCAGAAUCCGGGGAAAAAGUGAGCCUUGGGAUCACAGUUCUGUUGUCUUUGACUGUCUUCUUAUUGCUUGUUGCUGAGCUUCUACCACCAUCUGGUGCUGUGCCUAUCAUAGCUAUCUACUACGCUGUUACCAUGGUAAUGGUAUCUCUAUCGCUGGCGAUGUCGGUCGUAGUACUCAAUCUGCACCAUCGUGGACCCGAAACAAGCCCUGUACCACCCUGGCUGCGGAAGAUCGUCCUUGGACGUGUGGGCAAAGUAGUUCUCAUGAGGAAGACAUCUUUCAACCAAGAAAUAUACUACCGAAGCCGAAAGUCCCAACAGUGCCAGGGGACACGACUCCUCAACCACUACGAGAUGGAUUCGUAUGACGGGAACUACUGGGAAGAGCACCGGGACAUUGAUUCCAACAGCAACGGCGGCAGCGGCAUUAGGUUGGAUCGCAACGACAGACAUUCGAGGCCGUGUUCGCAACCAGUCUCCACGCACACGCGAAGCUCUUCUAACUCUAUGCGCAUGCGGGAAAUCAACCUCUUGCGGAAGAUCCACGAUGAUUUCCGAUUCCUGAAAGAGACCCAGAAACGAAAAGACAACGAGGAGAAAUGCCAUAAUGAAUGGAAGCAAGUGGCUUUGGUAGUUGAUAGAAUCUUCAUGUUUAUCUAUCUCAUUGGUAUGAUUGCAACCAUUUUGAUUAUUGUUACGCAGGUAACAUCAUGAAGGUAGAUCGGUGGGAAACGUCUUCAGGGCGUCGCUCUAGAUCUUUCAUUGUUGGCAGAAGCUCUUCCCUAAGUGUAUAGGGAUUUCGAGCUUCUAUGGGGCAAUAAGAAAACAAAACGACGAUAUUGUUUUACGCCAAAGCCGAAUGCCACCUAUCAUACUUGUCGCAAAAGAGUUAUCUCUUUGCUCUCCAGGUUGGUCCAGAAGACUCUUGAGCCUCUGGUGGAUGAUGUUCUGACGACGAUGAUGCAUUUUCAAUAAAGAUCACAUACUAAUUCUUUGUGAUUUUAAUCCGAAAAGGAAUGUAAAGGUAGGCUACGAUUGCCAUGGUUACAGGUUUAUGCAAAACUGGUAAAGAUCUCGUCAUCAUUGGUGAUUGAAAUCAUCACGUAGAUAUAAGUUCAAUUUUUGAUUGAUUAUUAUUUGUAAAUAUGUUUUUGUUAAUGUAUGAUGCGAGCACAUAGUAUAUCCAUCUGUAUUUAUGACAAAAAGCUGAAGCAUAAUCAACAUUUUGAAACACGUUGAAAGUAUUAGCUUAUGGUAUAUGAUUGAAACAUUGGGGUCCAUAAUAUUUUAUCUUGUUCUUCCAUAAGUAUUUAUGUUGUUUUUGUUGUCAUCCUUUUGACUGAAUCGAGAUGUACAUUUCAAACACGAUUGUGAAAUUCUAAUCUGUUUUAACCGUGUAUCAUGCCUAUUUGAUAUGUGGUGUGCAUUUAAUUACAUUUUCUUGUUUGCACUCAACAUUUCAGCUGGUCGUUUGGUGUUUUUUGGACACGGCCGAAAAUAUUCUUAUGUCUUGUAUGGAGUGUAUGUAGGUGUAUUGGAAAGUCAAAUCAUUGAUAAUGCAAAUUACAGGGAAAAAAACGAAAGUCACUUAAUUCAUCACACACAUCAGACACCACAGCCAUCUGCUUUGAAACAUUUUACACGAAGGUAUUGAUUUAAAAAAAAAUUAUAUUUUCUUAUUUAACUACAGGGGAAAAAUGAAAUGCAACAAAGCAGGUGUUUUGCUAUGUUCUAAUUCAUCGAUUUAUUGCAUCUUUUUAGAACUUUUGCUCUAUCCGCCAUAUCUGGCUCACUCAAAGUUUUUUUUUUUGCUCAUUAGACUACUAAUUUUGAGAUGAGAACAAAAUGUGGCCUUUCGUUUGGAUUUGGUGCGACAGAUUCAACCAGUGCAAAAGGAAACGUUUACCAUUCUGUACAAAUCAUUUCUAAUAAUAAUUAUAAAAGUUACCAAAAAAUAUAAAGACAUAUCAAGAAAAAAAUAAUAAUUGUACUGCACCUUAUUAGUGUAACAUAAUUCAAGCCACAUAUCUUAUUUUUUGCUUUUCGGAAGUAUAAUGUAAUUGUGAAUAUUUUUUUUCAUCAAAGCCAUCUUGCUUCAAGACCUUGUUUAUCAUAAUUAUGUAUUGACUACUUUAUUUGCUAAUAUUUUUUCACUUUCAUUGUUUUCGUUCGUCAAUGCACAACCGAAGUUUCACUGUCACCCCUCUCGGCCUCCCCGUAUAAUUUCCUUCCGAGGCAUCUGUGUGCAGGAAAUAUUUUCCACCCAGUAACGAUGGUAACGAUAUAUUUAAUGAUUUUUUUUGUGGUAACUUUAUGACGUCAAACCUGAAACUUUUUUUUUAAUUAAGAAUAUAAAAAAACAUAGUUUGUUGUCAUUUUCAUUCUGGCUGAAAGAGUAGUUAAAUUGUCCGAAACUCCUACUACUGUCACGACUAUAAUCUAUAUAUUUGAAUGCCCUCUUUUCCCAAGAAGCUUGUUGCUAAUUAAUUGUUGUACUUUCUCUCACACGCCAUACUGGCUAGAAAGUAAAUAGUUCGAUAAGAUAGUGAUAGUUAAAUAGCACAGAGUGUCGCUAAAACCAGCUGAAUUUAUUCCUAAUGGUAUUCGUUUGAUCAGAAUUGCAAUUUUGAAACGUAUAUGAUAUUCAUUUAUAUCUAAAUAUCAAUAAUGUGCACAGUUUCAUACUUUGCAGAGAUAAUAAUGGGUGUGGAAUAGUAACUUGUAUUCUAUGAAAAAAAAUCGAUGAUUUUGUUUUAUUUGAUGGCUACUGUUUCUCCCACCUUUCCGUACCCCACCCCUCCAUUGCUCUUCUUCUAUCUCCCCCCUUCUCUCCCUCUCCCACUCUCUCUCUCAUUCUCUCUCUCUCUCUCUCUUGCUUUUAUUUACUUUCUCGCUUCCCCCUCCCCCCUUUCUAUCUUUUCUUCCUCUGUCUAUCUCGUUUAUUUGAAUUUCAGUCUACUUCAUUUUCUCUUAUACCUUCAUCAUUUUUCUUCUCCCCCCCUCCUCUCUCUUCUCCCAAUCUAUCGAUCUAGCCUCGUGAUGUUUAAGCUGCACGUUUCUUUCUCAAUAUGUAUUUGCCUUAUACCAUUUAACUAUUACAUUAUUAAACUAUAGUUAAUUCAAAUAUAUUUAACGGCUAAUCUGUAAUACAUUCACCGGUUUUCUUACCAAUUGUCAUGUCAUGACCUACUAGUAUCUCAAGACGGUAUAUAUUGUAUAUGUGAGUGUAUACAUACAUUACUACGACUAUAAAUUUAUCCAUGGAACUGCAUGAGGACUACAUAUUGUUUGUUUUCAUGAUGUAAUGUGGAAUCAUGUUACUGUAUGAAUAAAAUCAUUAUCUUUUACAGAGAA